AUGUCUUCUUCGCGUUCUAGGCGUGUGGAGUACGACCGCUUCAUCCCGUUCCGGUCGGCGAUGGACAUGGACUACGCACGCUUUGCCCUAACCGGGCCUUCGAGACCGCAGCGUGAUGGUUCGAGGGAAUCCCCAUCGAGCGUGGCGUACCAAAAGCUUCUUGACGAGUGCAUUUUGAAGAACAGGUCUCGUAUCCUCGCUUUCAAGACUGCACCUGAAGCGUCGGCCAGCAAGCUGCCCGAGUUUGACGAGCCCAUUCGGCCGCAGAAGAAGCAGCAGAGGCGAAUCCCUAAAGAACCAGAGAGGGUUUUGGUAAUCAACGGCUUGUUGGAUGAUAAUGUUUUGAAUCUCCUCGACUGGGGAAGCAAUAAUGUGUUGGCGAUUGGCCUUGAGGACGCAGUGUAUCUCUGGGACGCUGCAAACGAGUCGACUAAGCUUCUACAACCCGUAGAAGACAGAGGACCUAUCACUUGCAUCCGCUGGUCGCCAGACUGUGCAGUUCUUGCUGUCGCAUUUGGCAAUUCAGAUUUAUCCCUGAUUGAUCUAGCAACAGGACAUGUCGUGGAUGGGAUGGAAGAUGAGAACCAGGCCCCUGUGUUGUCACUUGCGUGGAGAAGUAAUUCAAUCUUGACAGUCGGAAGAUUUGAUGGCACUGUUGUUGAUUAUGACUUUAGAAAGGAUGACAUGUUCAUCUGUUUCUAUAAUGGGCAUCGGCGUGGAGUUUGUAGUCUUAAAUGGUCCGUGUUGUCAGGGCGGUAUUUGGCGAGUGAAGGACAGGACAAACUAGUGCACAUAUGGGAUGCCUGCAUGCCUGUCUCACGUGACCAUCCACGUCAACGUCAAUGGCUUCACAGGAUCAGCAGCCACACUUCCAUUGUGAAGGCCGUUGACUGGUGCCCAACUCGGAGCAACCUGCUGGCUUCUGGUGGAGGUUGCAAUGAUCAUUGCGUUAAGUUUUGGAACACCGUUAACGGUGCUUGCUUGAACUCGAUUGAUGCUGGCUCUGAAGUUUGUGCAUUGCUAUGGGACAAAAACAAAUCUGAAUUACUGACCUCCCAUGGUUCGCCGAAUAAUCAACUCACCUUGUGGAAUUACCCAUCCAUGACGAGAGUGGCUGAGGUUUCCGGUCAUUCAUCCCGGGUUCUUUCCUUGGCUGGGAGUCCACUGGGAGGUGUAGUAGCUUCUGCAGCAGCAGAUGAGACAGUCAGAUCUGUUGUUGGUAACAUUGCAAUGGGAAGUUUCGUGGUGUCAAAGAGGCAGCACAUUUUCAUACAAGCGCAUGGAUUCGAGAUCUUCAAAUAUGAGCGCAACCGCCUAAGCUUGGUCAUUUCUCAGAUGAUGGCGAUUGCAAUAUGUGGAUAUGGAAUUAUGGGAUAG